AUGUCUGAUAAGCCGAUUGCCGUGGACCCGGAUUACGUUAUCGCGCGUAAUACAUAUCAGCCAGAUGACUUUGAAUCUGAGACGACGUCACUAUCAUCGACAAUCUACAGAGGAGUGAUAGAAAACGGUCGUCGGUACCAGGCGUUGAAGGAGGGCGAGUACUGGGGUCCCGCAGACGAACAGCAGUUUGAAAGUUAUGAAGCAGGACAUUUGGUAUACGUGCUGCUUGACUCUGAGAGGAAGAAUCCGCUUUUCCACUCUCCGGUGAAGAAUCCUAAGCAUGUUCUGGACAUGGGAACCGGCCGUGGCAGUUGGGCUGUACGGCAAGUUGCUCCCACGAAUCAGCUUCACAACACAGCUAACGCGUCACUUGCAGCAACUGUUAGGGGAGUGGAUUUGUUCCCUCCACCUGAGAACUGGCUACCUCCAAAUUGUGUGAUGGAGGUUGACGACGUGCUCCAGGAUUGGACCUGGCGCGACCCAUUUGAUUUAAUUCAUAUACGCCAGCUGAUGGGUUCAUUCACAGACAAAGAAUGGGAGAAGGUGUACAAGAGCUGUUAUGACAAUCUGGAACCCGGAGGCUGGAUCGAACAAUUAGAAGGCAACCCUCGUGUUCGUUGCGAUGAUGGCAGUGUCCCAGAUAAUAACAGUCCCUUCGUGUUGGGAGAUGAGGCAUGCAAGGCAGCGGAUAAUUGGGGCCGCCGCAUUACAGUUGCGGAUACGAUGAAAGAGUCGCUGGAGAAGGCAGGUUUUGUGGACGUGCAUGAAAAGACAUACAGGUGGCCCAUCGGAGCUUGGGCUAAGGAUCCCAUCCUUAAGGAGGCAGGAAGACUACAUUACCAUCAGUGGGUAUCAGGCAUGGAGGGCUGGGCCAUGUUCUUUUUGACAAAGUAUGGCUUCCCUCAGCCGUGGAGCAAUGAAGAAGUGCAGGUACUGUUGGCGAAAACAAGGAAAGAGAUUCAAGAUCCACGUGUCCAUGUCUACCAAGUUGCUCGACGAGUUUGGGCUCGAAAGCCCCUGCCAAAUGAGGGGUCGUCGAGGAAGACGGACGAAUGA